AUGCUGGCGACUCCGGAAGUUAAGUGUGAUCCUGAGAGGGUGUACGAGCCGAGCGAGGACUCGUUUUUGCUGCUGGAUUGCCUGGAGAAGGAGCGGACGUGGCUGCGGCAGCGACAGCCAAGGGCUUCGGUGGUGUGCGAGGUGGGCUGUGGGUCGGGGGUGGUGACGGCGUUCAUGAUGCAGCACGAGAUGCCGCAGCCGAUGAGCGUGUACUUGGCGACGGACGUGAGCCCAUGGGCGUUGGCGACGACGGCGGAGACAGUGCAGAGCACCGGGUGCCGCGGGGCGCUGUGUGCGGCGAGGACGGAUCUGGUUACGGGGCUAGCGGACGGGCAGGUUGACGUGCUGGUGUUUAACCCGCCGUACGUGCCGGCGGAGGGAGUGCCGCAGGGGCCGGCGGCGGGCGAGCGCGAGGAGCGCUGGCUGGAGGUGGCGCUGGAGGGCGGCGCGGACGGGAUGGAGGUGACGACACGCAUGCUGGGCGCGCUGGGGCGGGUGCUGGCCUCGAGCGGUGUUGCGUACAUCCUGUUCUGCGCGCGGAACCGCCCGGAGGAGGUGGCCGCGGGGAUGCGGGCGGCUGGCUGGGUCGCGGAACUGGUGGAGCGGCGGCGAGCGGGCUGGGAGGUGCUGAGCGUUUAUAGAUUCUAUAGAAACAGUUAG